UGGAUCCUGCUAAAAUUAGCCGGGACUGCUCUGGGUGUUGCGUGUUAAUUUGAUUUACUCCGGGAUUCCGGCUUCCAAGACGCCAUUUUCCCCCCUUUCUCGCUCUAUCUCGCUCUAUUUAUCUAUCUAUCAUUUAUCUAUCGAGCUAUCUAUCCGUCUGGCUGUCCGUCCAUCUCCCUCUCCCCGGGUGCCUUCCCUCCUCCUCCUCCUCCUCCUCCUCCUCCUCCUCCUCCCCCCCCCCCCCCCCAGCCCUCCUCCCUCUCCGCUCUGCGUGUGCUGCGCGGCCGUGCGCUCCCCUAAUCUGACAGAUGAACACCGCCAUGGGUUUGCCGCAACACAAGCAAAAGCACCUUUGGGGGCUGUGGCGAGGGAUUGAAACCGGGAUCUAAAAGAGAAGAGACAAGAAGGGGGGAAUCCGAGGGAGGAGGAGGAGGAGGUGGUGGUGGUGGUGGAGGAGGAGGAGGAGGAAGAAAGAAGAAGAAGAGGAAGCUGCUAAGAAGCCCCCGCUGCCGUUUUGGGGAUAUGGUGGCAGAUUUGGUCUCUUCUGAGCUCCCUGCAGCCUCUGGGCGAUCGGGACGUUGAAUUCGGCAGACAGUUACCAUUCGUUCCCUGGGAUCGUACCUGCCCUUGCUCUCCUCAUCCCCUCCUGCGCUCCCCUUCCCUCUGAUAAAACUCCAGGGUGUUGCGGUAUUGCUAUGGAGCCCAGGGAGACUUUGGGCAGCUCCCGGCAAAGGGGGGGCGAGGCAGACUUUCUGCCAGCCGCUGUCACCUCCGCGAAGCCUCCGCCUGCCUCCGGCUGUGCGGGGGAGACGAUGCUGCCUGCGGCGGGCUCGGGGAAAGGGAUCCCGGUGAGCGGCGAGAGGCUGGAGCCCGAGGAAGAGGAUGAGCUGGGUUCUGGGAGAGACGUGGAUUCCACUUCCAAUGCGGACAGUGAGAAAUGGGUGGCGGGAGAUGGCCUGGAGGAGCAGGAGUUUUCCAUCAAGGAGGCUAACUUCACGGAGGGGAGUUUAAAACUAAAGAUCCAGACCACCAAGAGAGCUAAGAAGCCCCCAAAGAACUUGGAGAACUAUAUUUGCCCUCCCGAGAUCAAAAUCACCAUCAAGCAGUCUGGGGAGCAGAAGCUUUCCAGAGCUGGGAAAAAUAGCAAAGCAGCUAAAGAGGAAGACAGAUCACACUCCAAAAAGAAGGGAAAAGUCAUUGGAGAUGCAAAACUGCUCAUGAGUUGUGGUUGCAGAAAAGGGAAAAAUGCUCAAGUGAAAGACUCAGAUCAGAGUCAGAUGAAGAAUUUGGGAAGAGAGUGUGGGUUCCCUGUGCAGAGUCCAGUGACGAAAUCUGUGAACAAGGUUUACGACCGGCCACAAAAACAUUCUGCUCUGCACUACGAUCCAGGCCUCCAACAAGAGUUCACCGGUGACACCUUAAAAUCAAAGCACCAGCAAAAAAGUAGCAACCAGCACCAUCUUGACUGGUCAGCAAGCUCCGAUACUGGAUCCGCUUCUCAAAGUUGUUUCAUCAACACAGAACCCAGUCGAGAAGCAGUUAGUGCCACCAAGGUGCCCGCUCCGGAGCCAGGAGUUUCCUUCAGCAAAUCCCAAGCAAAGAAGUCCUGCGCCGGCAGCACGUGGGGGCAGCUGUCGGGCAGUAGUAAAGAGCUUGCCAUUUGCAGUGCAGUCCCAUCACCCAACAACAUCAGCACAGCCGCCCAGCCGCCCAGCGUUUCCGAGUGCAACGGGCUUUUGCCUCUCGGUGACCAAGACGGAGGUGUGCAGCUGGAGGCCCCCGAUCAGCCCGCCGGGAGUACAAAGAAGAAGUCCAGCAAAAAGGAUUUGAUAAGUCAGACCAUCCAAACCGCAGACAUCGAAUGGGUGAAGAGUGCUCAGAAAGCAUUUGACAGCAAAUCCCAUGACAGCAUGGAAGGGAAAAAGGAGUCUUACUCGAUGGACAGUGUGUUGGAUACAUCACCCUCGAAGCAGAAUCCCACUUCUGCUAGCAGUUGUGAAAGUGACACCAGUCACGUACGAAUUACUAUCCCAAUAAAGUCUCCGACAACAGAUACAUCUGGCCACAAAAGGAAAAAAAGGCAAUCCACAAAAUCUUCCAUAGAGAAAACUAUCCAGGAGAAAAGCCUGCCUUCUGGACUUGCUAUGAGCAGUGAAGUAGCAAACAGGACUAGCUCUCAACCAGAGGGGAGUAAAAAAGAUCUUCGAGCCACAAAGCCAGGGAAAGUGAUCGAAAAUGAGUCCCCCUUAGUAGCUAUCGACAGCGGUGUGCUCACUGACAAAGCUUCCCCCAACAGUGCCACCAGACUCAGAAAGCCUGUAGCUGUGACAUCCACUCUCCUACCCACCGAUCUUCCCACAGCUGGUAAAUUAUCUGAGGUCCAGCACCCCAAACAUGCAGCUAAGCGGCGAUGGACCUGCAGCAAACCUAAAUCUAUCCUUCGGGAGACCUCCAUGACAACAUCUGAGAAGCUGAUGGUGGAGCCUCCUUCAGCCUAUCCCAUCACACCAUCCAGCCCUCUGUAUACCAAUACAGACAGUCUUACUGUGAUCACACCUGUCAAGAAAAAAAGAGGACGACCAAAGAAACAGCCUUUGCUCACUGUUGAAACCAUUCAUGAGGGAACCUCCACCAGCCCAGUGAGUCCAAUCAAUCGUGAAUUUCCAGGAACAAAGAAAAGGAAGAGGAGACGGAAUCUGGCCAAGUUGGCCCAGAUGGUCCCGGGAGAGGACAAGUCCAUCAGUGAACUCAAGUUUCACAAAAAGGUCGGGAAGCUUGGGGUCUUGGAUAAGAAGACCAUCAAGACCAUUAAUAAAAUGAAGACCCUCAAGAGGAAGAAUAUUCUCAAUCAGAUCUUGUCCUCCUGCUCCAGCAGCAUAGCUCUGAAAGCAAAAGUCCAGCCACCGUCUAGUGCUGGGCCAACCACCAUUGAUGCCAGACUAGGGAAGCAGAUCAAUGUCAGCAAGAGAGGGACUAUCUACAUUGGUAAAAAACGGGGCAGAAAGCCAAGAGCAGAGCUGCAGCCUCAGCCAGAAGAACCUAAGACAGCCAUCAAGCACUCAAGGCCUGUUUCCAGCCAGCCAGAAAACCCAGCAGUGCCUUCCAACCUGCAGUCACUCGUGGCAUCGUCACCAGCAGCUAUUCAUCCGCUUUCGACACAGUUAGUGGGGACUAACGGCAACCUUAGCCCUGCAAGCACUGAAACAAAUUUUUCAGAGUUAAAAACUAUGCCAAAUCUUCAACCUAUCAGUGCUCUUCCUACAAAAACCCAGAAAGGAAUGCACAGUGGAACUUGGAAGCUGUCUCCACCGAGGUUAAUGGCUAAUUCACCUUCCCACCUCUGUGAAAUAGGUUCUCUGAAAGAAGUCACGCUGUCGCCGGUGAGCGAGUCUCACAGCGAGGAAACCAUACCGAGCGACAGUGGGAUAGGUACAGACAACAACAGCACUUCUGACCAAGCCGAGAAAAGCUCAGAAUCCCGCCGGAGAUACUCCUUUGACUUCUGCACCCUGGACAAUCCAGAGGCUAUCCCAUCUGACACCAGCACAAAGAACAGGCAUGGUCACCGGCAGAAACAUCUCAUUGUGGAUAACUUUCUCUCUCAUGAGAGUAUUAAAAAGCCAAAGCACAAGAGGAAAAGGAAAAGCCUGCAGAACAGAGAUGACCUCCAGUUUCUGGCAGACCUUGAGGAACUCAUCAAUAAGUUUCAAGUGUUCAGGAUUUCCCAUAGAAGUUACACAUUUUAUCAUGAAAAUCCAUAUCCCAGCAUCUUCAGGAUUAAUUUUGAUCACUACUACCCUGUGCCAUAUAUCCAGUAUGACCCAUUGCUCUAUCUUCGCAGGACCUCUGACAUGAAGUCUAAGAAGAAGCGUGGUAGACCUGCCAAAACCAAUGACACCAUGACAAAGGUGCCUUUUUUACAAGGGUUCGGUUACCCUAUUCCCAGUGGGAGUUACUAUGCACCCUAUGGAAUGCCUUACACAUCAAUGCCUAUGAUGAAUCUUGGUUACUAUGGUCAGUAUCCAGCUCCUUUGUACCUGUCUCACACGCUCGGAGCGGCUUCCCCAUUUAUGAGACCUACCGUGCCCCCACCCCAAUUCCAUGCAAGCUCUCAUAUGAAGAUGUCCACUACUGCCAAGCAUAAAGCGAAACACGGAGUGCACCUACAAACACCUGUGGGAAUGGGCCUUGGAGACAUGCAGUCCUCUUUGGCUCCUCCAAAGGUUGGAGGAACAAGCCUUUCAAGUGGCCGACUUCACAAAAGGAAACACAAACAUAAGCACAAGCAUAAGGAUGAGCGGAUAUUGGGGACACAUGAAGAUCUGAGUGGUCUCUUUGCUAGCAAGUCCACUGGCUUCUCCAGCCAUGCGAUCAACGAAAGGCUAAGCGGCUCAGAUAAAGACCUCUCCUUGCUCAACGAGAAAAGCAAGCAUAAGGAGAAGCAGAAGCACCAGCAUUGUGAAACCGGACACAAAGGCUCAAAGAGUAACUUUGAAGUGGAUACGCUGUCUACGUUAUCACUUUCUGAUGCCCAGCAGUGGACACAGAGUAAAGAUAAAAGUGACUCAAGCAAUGAUCCCAUUGACUCUUGCACAAAGAGAUACUCUGGUAAUACUGAGAGUAAUGGAAGGUCAGACUCCCUGGACAUGUUUGGUGAAAUGAAUUCCUCGAGUGAGAAGCGGGACAACGAUACAAGUGGGAAUAAAAGAAGAAGCUUUGAAGGGUUUGGAACUUACAGGGAAAAGGACAUUCAGCCCUUCAGGACAAAUAGGAAGGACAGAAGUACUUAUGAUUCUUCAGCCUCUUCAGGAAUUGCAGGUCCCCACUUAAAAGCAGACCAGACUUCACUUCAUGGUAAAAUGGAAAGUUCUGCCUGUAACAUGAUGACCAGAAGGAAGCCAGCAGCUGUUGACAGUGUUGCAAUGCCAACUCCAGUAUUAUCUCUCCUACCUUCAUCAGCAGCAACAUCUGAAGCAGCCAGCCCACCACUGAAAAAAAGGUUCAAGCGCCGUGAAAUUGAAGCAAUCCAGUGCGAGGUGCGCAAGAUGUGCAACUAUACCAAGAUCCUGUCCACAAAGAAGAACCUGGAUCACGUGAACAAGAUCCUGAAAGCCAAGCGGCUGCAGAGACAAUCAAAGACAGGCAAUAACUUCGUCAAGAAGCGGAGGGGGCGUCCUCGGAAGCAACCCCUUUCCUUCGACGAAGACUCUAGAGACCAAAUGCCCGUUCUGGAAAAAUGCAUUGACCUUCCCAGCAAAAGAGGUCAGAGACCGACACUCAACCCUUUGAUAUUGGAGCAAGCAGCCACUCAAGAUACAAUCAUGGCCACCAUCGAGGCUGUUAUACACAUGGCUCGAGAGACACCACCCCCGCCGCCUCCUCUCCCUCCUCCCCCCCCUCCACCCCCUCUCCCUCCACCCCGGACCCCCCGGGUCGGGAAAAGGAAAAGCAAGUCCCCACAGGAGGAAGAGGAGGACGUGAAAGUGAAGAGGCACCGGAAAGGCAGAGGGAGCGAAAGCGAAGGCCUUCCCUAAGGCCAGCGCACCUCAUCGGAUGUCGGGUGCCGGUAGCGGGGCACACCGGGACUGAGGGACUGGAGGCGCGUGGUCCGCUUCGCCCCUGCGGCAGCACCAGACUCACCCGUCCCUUCGGCGGCCGGAACCCGUCGUGUAGAGCUGUGCCAGCCGGGGUUCGCAUCUUCCUCUUCAUCGCUUUGGCCCCAGCCCCCCCCCAGGAAAGAGGGGGAGAGGGUGCGGGAAAGGUUGGGGGGGUAAGGGGGGCGGGGGGUGUGUGUCAAAAUUGGGGAGAGCGUCUACUUUGCAGAGUUUCCAAAACUAAUCAGCAUCUCAGCAUUGCUGUUCUCAUACCGUACCCGGAGGCGGGAGGUCGUCCUCGCAGAGAGCUGAACGUUGUCACUAGGGCUGCAUGCUCGACUCCGAUUCUGUUUGGCGGGCCAGGUGAAACUAAGAGUAACAAUACCAUAGUAGAAAUCACUGUAAAAAAGAAAAAAAAGAAACAAAAAAAACCCAACAAAAAAAAUAGUGUAAUUUUCUCAACUGUGAUCUUGGUUAUAAUCUGUUUGAAUUUUUUUUUUUUCCAGUUUUAUAUACCUACCAGGCUUUGGGGCAGCAUAACCCAAAAUGCCUGACUCCUGCUAGAACUAUAUAUUUCUUUCUCAUUUACUUGCCUAGUUACAACUAGCUGCAAUAUAGGCAAUAGAAAAGUAGAGCCUUACACGCGUGCACACUCAUUCCGAGUGCUAUCCCAAGGAACAACGGAAUAUCACAGAAUUUAAAAUAAGGUGUACAUGGAUAUUCAGUUAUGAUAGCACGUUUCUAUGAAGCAACUUGGCAUUUUCAAUGGCAUGUGAAAAAGGGGUCAUCCGUCAACCAAGUUGUUUUGAUGCUCGGUACAUGUGAGUAGAGAACAGCAAGACACUUCUGGGGAAUAGAGUUAUAAUAAACAUGGACAAAAUCACCAAAAAAAGAAUAUAAAAAAGAUAAAAGAAAAAAAAUAGGACAGAAAAAAUAGAGUAAAAAGACAGGGCCCAAACCUACCAGUUCUUACCACCUGCAAUUCCCAGUGAAAUUGAUGGGAAACCCAGGAUCUGAAUAAUUUGCAUUGGGUAGCAAUGCCUUGAUAUGUUCUUUUAAAGAAAAUAGAUAAAGUAGAUUGUUUUAAAAAAAUAGAGAAAAAAACCCUAUGGAAAAUAGGUUCUUUCUUGGCAAUUAUUUCUUAAAAAAGAAAAGGAAUAAGUGUUCUUAUCUGAAAAUAAAAAUAAAAAUGUUCAAAGGGUAUCACCACUGCAAUUGUAUUAAUGCCACUUUGGACAUGUUCUCCAAGUUGUGGUUGCCUUAAUAAACUAAAAAAAAUUUUUUUUUUGUACAUAAUGUAAUUAUAAAGCUCUCAGUCUGCAUGGAUGCAAACUGUGUGUGACAAAUCGUCUCUUUAAAUGGUCAGUUCAAAUUGUACAUUUCUCAUUCGAGUUGUACGUUAGCCAUUGAUUUAACUUGGGUAAAAUACCCAAGCUCCAUUUCCACAGCCCAAUUAAAAUGUUUAACUAAAACAAAGACUGAACGUGAAACUCUUCCAUUGCAGUAACAAUGCUUUUAAAAAAGAAGUCAGUUGUUGAAAUUUGAAAUAGGUACUUUCAACUUUAUUUCAUUUCUUUUUAAAGUCCUUCAGUAUACUCAACACCUGGCAUGGCAAGAUGGAUAUUAAAAUGGGAGGGGGGAGGGAAAAUUCCAGCAAGGGAGCGGGGAUUGGAAUUAUUUAAUGAUUCACAAGCCAACUGCUUUUCCCUUUUUUGAGAAAUCUUUGAACUGGCUUAUUGCCAAGGAAACUUCAAAUAGCACGACACUAAAAACAAACAAACAAACAAACAAAAAAAACUAACAAAAAGUCCCCACAAAAAAAAUAUUGUGUUUCUAUUCUGUUAUUUAUUUACAAAAAUCAUAUCGAGACUAUGGUGUUAAAGGGACACUGUAAACAUACAGCUCAUUAUUUUUAGAGACUGAUUUUUCUUCUGUGAUAGCACCUUAGCUUAUUAAAACCGAAUGCAUUUGGGGUUUGGAUUGGGUUGGGGGGCUGGGAGAGGGGAUCUUUUUAUUUUAUUUUUAAAGGCUGGAACAAAUCUUGAGAUCCUAUCUCCUUAAAACUGAUAAGAGGGAUCGCAGAAUUUUGUUUCCAAUUUGUUUUGCAUCAUUCAUCAUACUCAUCUGUGCUUUUUGUUUUCCAAUUAAUGCAGCUUAGAAAUAAACUGGCCGGUUGCUCGUUCUGUUACAACCAAUUUUGCCUUUCAGUUCUCUUGAAUUAGCUCAGUGUUAUUGACUGAAGUUGUAGGCCUGCAGAAAAAAAAAUGCUUAAGCCUCCUCGAGCUCCUCCCUUCUUCCUUAAAAAGCAUUGGACUGAGGUUUAGUGGAUUCAGAAAUCUUUUUUUUUUCUAUCUCUCCUUUGGGCCUGAAAGUAGGUGACAGUGUUGCUUAAAAAGCAAGAAAAACUGUAAGUUUGGUAUUCCAGGUAGCCUAUAAGCUGAAACGAAGCCAGACAACAACUUAUCCUUAGUUUUAUCUUCAGUGACCUCUUCGUUAGCACUGAAGGACAUUUCACUGGGUAGCGAGUGGAGCAAAGGUCUGAAAGGACCAAAUUCUGUCACUUGAACGCCCAUCGUGGCUUCAAGAAGAGUCAGACCUUACGGAGUGCCCAUAAGGGCUGGAUUUGGGCUGGACCUUUCUGGAUGCACUGGGCUGCAACCACCCCAGGGAAAAAAAUCACUGAAUGGCUGCUGCCUCCCAUGCCUCUGAGCUUUGGGAAAAAAAUGCUCUUCUCCUUCCAAAAAGUGCUAUCCAAAACUCUGCUAGAGGCAGAGUGCUUAAGAAAAGCAUCCACUCAGAGGGUACGACCCCAUAUACCCUCACUAGGCAAAAAAAUUAAGAGGUCCUUUGGGCCUAGAGAAACUAAGGGUAGCAUUCAAGACUUGGUAGCUGCAAGCUGUCAGCAUAGGAUGGGCUCUAUCCAGACACCCAAGGUUUGGUUUUUUGUUGCAAGACAGUGCUGGUAGAGCAAGUAGCUUUGGCUGUUUGUCCAAACAACAGCCCGGUGCAGCCGGUCCUGGCUGGCAGGAAGAUUAGCUUGUUAAUUUGUAUGAAAGCAGGCUGAAAAUACUGUUAGAUGGCACUCAGAAUUUGUGUUCUGCAUGUUGCAUAGUCUAUAAAUAUGAUAAGCAAGUUGCUGACAGAAUAAUAUUAUAAGGCGAUGUACUACAUGCAGAUCAUAAAGGAUUUAGUUUUAGGGCUUAAGGCUAAAAUCCCACUCCUGCAGUUUAUUACCCAACAAUAUUCUAGUAAUGAGCUUUUUGAUUUUUUUUUUUUCCCCUACCACUAGGAAGAUUUACUGAGGAACUCUCUAAAUUCUCUCCACACAUUUCCAAGAACUGUAUAAAACUGGGGUGAAAGCCCUUUUGCUUAUUAAGACCAAAAAGACCUUUCAAACACCUCCGCUGUGUCACAGAUUAACACACAUCUUAGCAUGCUUCAAUAAAAACGCAAAACAAAAUCACAUGGCUGUGAGCCAUAUGAAAUGAGGCCAUGGGUUUGCAUCCUCUCCGCGGGUCUUGUAUUCCUCAACCCAGCGUAAAACCAGGAAUGGGGAAAAGCGUGCGGGGAGAGAGGAAUAAAAAACAACCACUUGUGUCUCCAAGAGCUUCAUACUGCCAGUUUCUUGAGCCCUUCAAUAUUAAAUUUUCUGUGAAGCACCUUGCAUGUUUUUGGGUAACUGUCAAAAAAAAAAAAAAAAAAAAAAAAAAAAAAAAGAAAAAAAAAGUGAUAAUAGUCAUCAGCUACUAGGGUAUCCUACAGCAUGGCCCAUGACUCUCCACUUGACAGCAAUGCUUUGGACCAUUCGUGUAGAAUAUUCUGUUUGUGUUGUUACAUUUUUUGGGUAGCGUCUGGUACAAUGAGGUGCUGGUUCGUCACUGGGGCUUCUGAGCGCUACAGCAAUACGACGAAUAAACAGGAAUCGCUGUUCCAUACACAAGGAUUUCCCCAACUCUUAUUUUCACAGGCCCUGAUUCAGGACUGCACUUAAGCACGUUUAAGUAGCAUCCUGAAGAGUAAAAAGAACAACAAAAAAAAGACAGGAAAAGAAAAAAAAAACCAAAAUAAACCAAGAUGGUUUUCUGAAUUGAGAAAACAAACAUCAUGCCCUUGCAAUGCCUCUUCCUUCCAUAUCAUCCAAAAACUGGGGUGCAGCAGUUCUGAGAUAAUUAGAAGCACAUUUCAACAAAGGACACAUAUUUGAGAUCUCCUUAAGAUGCCUGCCUAGGUUGUAUAAAACACUACGUAGAAAAAAAAAGAAAAAGAAAAAAAAAUGUAAAAACAUGAAAAGAGCUGCCAAUUGGACAACAUGGGGAAGCAGUUCAAUCCCAUGUUGGUUUGUUUUACUUUUCUUUUUCUUUAUUUUUUUAAGCUAUUUCUUAAAUAAUAAAUGCACAUGAAGUGUUAAAUAUGUAUAUACUGUAUUUCAAAAAAAAUUAAAAAAAAUCAAACGAAUGGGGCACAAGAUUGUUCUAUAAGUCGUGCUGGCUAAUUUUUAGUUUGUAUUCAUAAGUGGUUUUUAAAAGCCUUUUUUAAAGUGUAAUUUGCAUGUUCUACUUUGAUUGUAUGUAAACAUAUUUUAGAGCAAAAAAAUGUAUUUGUAUUUUAUUGAAUAUAGAGGCAAGAAAAAAAACUUGUACAUUGUUUGAAAUGUUCUUUUUGUAACAGUUUUUAUUCAUGAAGCAUUUUUGUACAUUUAAAAAUGGAUAUGGACUUGAUGUUCUUUGAGGCUUAGAUACAUCUGGCAUGCUUUAAUGUCAUGCUCCUUCAUGAUCUUAGAUGUUGGUUUUUAAACAUUUUUUUCUAAAACAAAGCUCAGUCUUUUCGCUACCAAAUCAGGUUAGCACAGUAUAGAGCACUUAACUAAAAAAAAAAAAGAAAAAAAAAAGUUAAUCCUAUUCAUAUGUUAUUCAUUGUGUGAAAUUAAAGGAAUUCAAUUCAGUCUAA